AAGUGCAAGCGCUCCAGCUUCUCUUCGGCCAGGCGGAACCUUCUCAGCUGGGCCCGGUGGCCGCAAAAAACUUUCUUUCUCCCGCCCUAACGGUCGCCGCGGCCAACUGCCUCGCUCGCCUGCCAGCCUACCCCGCCUUCUCUUUGCUCCGGCUCCGCGCGGCCCUGUCUCCCGCUCGCCCGGCGGUAUCCGCUUGCUGCUGCCACCGCCUCCUCGUUUUCUGCCUGGCUAGCCGGCCCGCCCCGCUGCAGUAAUGUGCGACAAGGAGUUCAUGUGGGCCCUGAAAAACGGAGACCUGGAUGAGGUGAAAGACUAUGUGGCCAAGGGAGAAGACGUCAACCGGACACUAGAAGGUGGAAGGAAGCCUCUUCAUUAUGCAGCAGAUUGUGGGCAGCUUGAAAUCCUGGAAUUUCUGCUGCUGAAAGGAGCAGAUAUUAAUGCUCCAGAUAAACAUCAUAUUACACCUCUUCUGUCUGCCGUCUAUGAAGGUCAUGUUUCCUGUGUGAAAUUGCUUCUGUCAAAGGGUGCUGAUAAGACUGUGAAAGGUCCAGAUGGACUGACUGCCUUUGAAGCCACUGACAACCAGGCAAUCAAAGCCCUUCUUCAGUGAUGGACGGAUGGGCUAACAGCUCUGGAAGAAUGACUCUCCUGUGGCCUCACACUGCUGCCUGUCUGUCUGUCACUCUCUAUCUGCCAGCUUCUUCAGCUAAAAUACUUCUAGAGGGGUGAGGGGAGAGAGAAAUUCAUAACAAAUCAGACUACCAGAAAAAAACAAUGUUUGGGAGGAGAGGAGAAAAACAAGAUCAGGCUUUUACUAGGAUUCCUGAUCAGGUUAGCCUCUUUUCCAUUUCCAGUAAAAAAAACACAGCUUAUACCCAUGGGAGAGCAAAGACAAAAUAUACCAUUAACGUUUGACCUUUUCAGCUCCCUGGCUAAUUUAUUAAUUAGAUUGCGUUGAGGGUCUGACUACCAAGGCCAACUAUACAUUUGGUAGCCCCAUCUGUGCGAGCAGUAGUGGCUGCUGUGACGUAACUUAGGGUGCUGAGAUAAGCAAUUAGCUCUAGCCUUCUGCCUUAAGAUUCACUCUAGUGGGGAUCUCCCGGCAUAGUUAAGAGCGCUGCCUGUGGUUGGUGACCAAAUCUUCCCUCGGUGACUUCCAGCUUUAUGUGAAAGCUCAUUUAAGGCGAGGAGGGGCACACUCCUAAACUGCUGGGCGGCUGAACUUUGGAUUUCCUCUCCCCCUUCACAUGGAUUUCAUGUAUCUUUAGAUAAAACUGACUAGUUUUAUUUAUAAAAAUCUCAAAAUUUUGGAAGUCUAAAGGAGAAAUCAUUCCAGUAUGCAUAUUUUUUUUCCUCUAGAUUCAGACAUUUAUAGAACAUUGAAAACACUUUCAAACUCCUGCUGGUAGUAAAAGGGGAUUUAAAAAUAGAAUCAUAGCCAUAAGCCUGUUAGUAUCAUAAAGAGAGAACAGUUGUCUUAGUACCUAUGGAUUUUCUUCAUUUGCUAUUUGAAUGGAUUGGCCUCAGUUGUGUUUGGAGAAUCAAGGAACAUUCUUUGGAAUGCCUCUCUCAGACCCAUCCUGGAUGCUGAUUACUUAUUGCACCAAAGCUAUCACUGGGGUGAGAUUUACUGUUUCAACAAACUUAACCCCAUCCCUUAAAAAUAUGCGUGUUACCAAGUUUCCCUGAGGUGUUGAUAGGCUUCUGCUGAAUGUAUGCCAACCCACCUGCAUAAUAUAUAUUUUUUCUUUUCUAUAUUAUGCAUUGCAUAAAAUGUGAGAACUUCAAAUUGUAUUCUGUGUUCUUAAAAUACAGUGCCCUAAAAUGGUGUUCUUGGGACCUGCAGAAAAUAUUUAGACACAUUUUCUAAUGUUUAUUUCAUGAGCAGUACAGCUAAUUAAAACAUAUACCCUUAAAUUUGCUGUCCUGCAUAUAAAAUAUUAAGAUUCCUUUGACUUGCCAUCCGUAUAAGCUUACUAAAAAUAUAAGGGUUUUUCCUUAGCCAUGUCAUGCAAUAAUUGAAUGUACCUCAAAUUUUUAAAACGGGGGAGGGUGGGUGAGGGACUUGUAUUCAGAUUGUGGAUAACAAAGAAUUAAUGAUGAUUUUUUAAGGCAAUGUAGCAUUCUACAGCAGGGUUAAACUAGUACCAAGAACAGUCAGCCUGGCCAACAAGUCUUACUGACCACUUGCUGAUUGGUUGGUUGGUGUGUGGGUUUGUGUGUGUGUAUUUUUCCCCAUGAACCCUUUUUUUUAUCCUGUGGCUUUUUCACUUAAAACUAGCCUAACCCUGUAAUUUUCCUGCAUCCAAGAAAACAAUCACAAAAUGCUGGUUUAAAUACUUUGAUACAUUUGGCUAAUUCUGCUGUCUUAAUGCAGCCUAUUUAUUAGAGUUGGAUUAAAAGUCGGUAAUCAGUACUUCAUAACAUCACUGAACUGAAACACAGAGCUAUCCUCACUGAAGAUGGAGGGCACUCUAUCAGACUGUAACUGUCAGCGUAGUGACAAGCUGUUUUGAUAUCUCUGUUUCCACUUCUUGGCAUACUGCUGUUUAAAAGGCUUGGAUUUUACCUCUACGCAGUUUUACCUUUACUCUCAAAGUAUUUUUUGUAGUUGGCUGCUGCAGAGAGUGCAUUGUCCUGUCAUUCCUAAACCUGGUCUGCUUCCACAGUCACCUGGUGUGGAGACCACGUGAUUCUGUGUACAGUUUAUCCUCAUGUUCCUUGUAAUGCAGUAGAGGCUACUCUGCCUUCCCUCUUCUUUCUCAGCCAUUUUGUAAACCCCAUAAUUAUGAAGCAGUUGCUUGAGAAAAUAACAGAUAAACAGAA